AAAAGCAGGGUCUCUUUUUUUUGGAAAAAUAUUGGUUGAUCUUGUAAAUUUGGUUUGUUUGUAUAAUGGAUAAUUAUUUCUAAAAUGUAAGAUGAUGUGUGGGUUAUAGAAGAAUGAUAUAGGUGGCUUCGAUUUUUUUUUGUCGACGGACAAUCCGUUUGAUUUUGAUGAAUCAGCAAAAGUCUUUAACAUUGAUUGUUGCACUUACAACUUCCUAUGGGAUUGGUCGAUCAAACUCUCUUCCAUGGAAAUUAAAGAAAGAAAUGGUUUAUUUUAAGCGAGUGACAUCUUUCGUGCCAGCUUUUGAUUCAUUUGAAUGGAUGAAUGUAGUAUUAAUGGGUAGAAAGACAUGGGAAAGCCUUCCAUUACAAUUCCGGCCUCUUAAAGGUCGUAUUAAUGUUGUUAUUAGUCGAGAAGAAUCUUUGGAUUUAGGACAAGGAAUACAUUGUGCAAGAUCCUUGGAUGAUGCUUUAGAACUUCUGUCUUGUAUAUAUAGUUCAGAAAAUCCAAUUCAAGUGAAUAGAAUUUUUGUUAUAGGUGGUGCACAGCUCUAUAAAGCGGCUAUGGAACAUCCUAGAUUAAAUAGAAUCAUAGCUACCAUAAUUUAUAAGGAUGUUAAUUGUGAUGUAUUUUUUCCAGUUAAAUUUCGGGAUCAAGAAUUGUCUUCUGUUUGGAAAAAAGAAGAACAUUCACAUUUAGAGUCUUGGAUUGGAAGCAAAGUUCCUCAAGGUAAAGUAAAUGAAGACGGUUUUCUUUAUGAAUUCGAAAUGUGGACAAGAGAUACAUAG